AUGCAGGAGCUGCGGGUGAACGAGAUCGUGAAGGGGCGGUACUCCACCUACCAGCUGCAGGACCUCAUCGGCAAGGGCGGGAACGCGGUGGUGUACAGCGCCAUUGACCGGAGUACGGGGCUGGUGGUGGCGGUGAAGAAAAUUAUGGCCUCAGACGACACGGUGAUGGCGACGUGGCGCAAGGAGGUUGCCAUCAUAAGCUCCCUCGAGAACCCGUACAUCAUCCGCUACAUUGACCACGCCCGCUCCGGCAACGCCUUCCUCAUCGUCACCGAGUACGCGCAGGGCGGUUCGCUGCUGCAGCAACUCAAGCGGAAUGGACGCUUUGGCGAACGGGAUGUGGCGCGGUUUGUGUUUCAAAUCACCGCCGGACUUGCGUACAUUCAUGAAAAGAAGUAUCUGCAUCGCGACCUCAAGUGCGCCAACGUCCUCAUUGGAGCCGGCGACGUAGUGAAGCUGUCGGACUUUGGGCUUGCCAUGCCGCGUGCCGUGGUGCGGGACGACGCGGCGGCGGCGGCGGCGGCGGCGGCGGCGACGCCGAGCCGAGUGCCGCCGUAA